UUCACUCUCCCUUCUCUCGCCAUGAAAGAACCUCCGCUCUCUCACCUCCGUUGCAAACCCUUCUCUGCCACAGCCACCGUAUCCGCCGCCGCAAACUCACAAAGAAAGGUCAAGAUAGUGUGCAGCUUCAAUGGUGCAUUCUACCGCAGCCCUCCACCUUUCGACAGGCUCCGUUACGUGGCUGGCGAGGCCCGCAUCAUCUCCGUCGACCGAAACAUCAGUCUCGAAAGGCUCCGGUCCACGAUCUCGGAUCUUUGCCCCAACACCGGCUCCUUUUCGCUCAAAUGCAGGCUCCUCUUGGCCGGAGAUGUCCGUGGAUUAGACGCGGAGACGAACGCAGACGAAGGCACGCCUCUGGUUUCCAUUGCCUCCGAAGAGGACGUCCGGUGCAUGAUCGACGAGUAUGAUAAGCUUGUAGCUUACGGUAAGCACGCAAGGCUUUGGGUGUUUGUUUGUAGCGAAUGUAAAGAAUGUGAUUAUGACAAUAAUGACGCUAUUGAUGAUCACGGGAUUGUUAAGGGAAAUACUGAUGUGGUGUACGGGAAAUAUUUGUCAAAAGAUCUUGUUGAAGUUUUCGAGGGGAAGAAUUGCAUGAAUGGUGUUGCCGGAGUUGGAGUUAGGCAUGGCGAUGAUGAUUCGUUUAGGAAAACAGUUUCGAAACAGAAGUAUUUGGCGAACAGGACGGAGAGAAUUCAUGGUACUUGUGAUGAUAAGACUGAUAUGGACUUUACUUCUUGUCGUGAUGACAGGAAAUAUGAUCACCCUCUUAUGGAUUUAGCACCCAAAGCACAAGUUCCCGUGAGUCAAGAAACUAGGGAUUUGAUGUUAGGUUAUAAUCUAGCGAAUACCCAAUUGCCUGAUAGGGAGAAUUAUGGUAACUUGUUUCUAUAUCAGGGCUCUCAAUUGCAAUAUCCAUUAAACCCUAGGGAUGGAAAUCUAUGUGUGGAUACGAAUCCUUCUGUGCAGUUUUCCGCAAGAGAGUCUGGUCAGGUUUUGAGUAAUGGGGCUGGGAUGAAUAUGGGGAAUUCAACUCAAUUAGUGGGGGAAAUAGAGUCUAUGAAGCAAUCUUUUUAUUCUGGUUUGGGUUCCAUGCUUCAUGGUUUCGACGCUAAAAGGCAUAUUGAGCCCAGGCCAAUGAGAUAUAUGCAUAGGGAAAAUAUAAUGCCAUGGACUGCCAAUCAGGAUUCAAUGAAUACUCAUACAUAUAUGGCACCGGUAUCUUACAGCAGGCACCGGAUAGGAAGUGAUCAUCUUGUGAAAUCAAGUUAUAAUGGUGAUAGGCUAUUGGGAAGUUCACCAAACGGAAUUCGAAAGCGGUUCUAUCCAUACAGCUUCCGGAACCACCGGAGCAAUCUCACCGGGAUAGUUAAUCAUCGAAAUCUUAGAUUGGAUGGAAGACUUCCUACGGGAAAAUUCUAUGGUCGGUUGAAGCCAAAUUCGGAUAUUUCAAAGCAGGGGCAGCCUAUAAGAUCACACCAUCCAAGUUCGUUGAAGCUGCUUUUUCCUGAUAAAAUUCUGGAAGGAAUGCCAAGCAUGAUUGAUUCAGACUUGCACAAAACCAAUGUCUCAUUUCCUGUCCAAGAUAUUCAAGAAGGAGGACCUUGGAAACAAGGCGGCUCUGCAGUUUUACAAUACAGUAAUGUGAAUCCCCACAAAUAUAGUUUUGGCUAUCAUGGUGUUCGUGCUGACGGGGACGGUAUUUCCUUGUUGUCCUCUAAUGUUACUGAGAAUGCAUUGUCGUGCCCAAGGGGAACAGGCACUCAGCAAAGUUUCUUGACUGGUAUGAAUUAUGACAUAACUGAAAUUCCACAUCGAGCAAUCAAUGAGAACUGUAAGGGGAUACACAUCAAUAAUGAGCAGGAGAAGAUUCUGGAGAUGCAGCACAGGGUCGUGGCCGUCUCUAGUAAUAAUCCGGUUCAUAGCAAUGGAACGGCACUGGAAUGCAAUAUCAAGAAGCUGGAUGCGGGAGAAAGCCUUAAUUUGUUAAUCAAAAUCAAAACUGAUUCUCAUAAUUGCCAAGGCCGAAUUGCAACUUCAGUAGAUCUACUGCAUAAUCUGUCAUUGUCAUCAUCCAAAGAAGAAGAACAUCCUGUGCCUUCUUCUCAUGCAAGCAGUGAUGUUUCAGAUGCCUUGCCGAAGCCUCAGUCAAAGCCCUUAGAUACUAUGGAUGAAGGAAACUUCAGCACAGACCCUCAAGAUGAUGGAUCUAGUGGAGUGGUAACCAAUUCUUCCCCUCUGGAAGCAGCUAAAGUGCCUUCAAAGCAGAUUCCAGAGGAAAAUGUUCAACAGGAAGCUCCACCUGAUUUAAGCAAUGAUAAUAAGGCUGACAUUAACAGAAGUCAUCAAUUUUCCAAGGUAACCGGAAGACUGUCUAGGGAGCUGACUGCAUUUAUUCGCCACCUUGCUACUCAAGAGUUGCAGACUAUUAAAAAUUCUGACCUAGAGUAUUUAAAAGAACUUGGCUCAGGCACUUAUGGAACUGUUUAUUAUGGAAAAUGGAAGGGUUCUGAUGUUGCCAUUAAAAAGAUCAGGCCAAGUUACUUCACAAAUGGGCUAUCAGAGGAAGAUCGUCUGGUUACGGACUUUUGGCGGGAAGCUCAUAUGCUAGGUCAGCUUCACCAUCCAAAUAUUGUAGCACUCUAUGGGGUAGUUACAGAUGGACCUGUAAAGACUUUGGCGACGGUAACAGAAUACAUGGUGAAUGGCUCUCUGAACCAAGUUCUGCGUAAAAAGGAUAGAACAAUUGAUCGUCGAAAGAGGUUAAUAAUUGCAAGGGAUGCUGCCUUUGGCAUGGAAUAUCUACAUGAGAAGAAUAUCGUUCACUUUGAUUUGAAAUCUCAUAACUUCCUUGUUAACAUGAGAGAUCCUCAACGACCAGUGUGCAAGAUUGGUGAUUUGGGCUUGUCAAAAAUCAAACAGAGGACGCUUGUCUCUGGUGGAGUACGGGGAACUAUUCCAUGGAUGGCUCCAGAACUUUUGAACUCUAAGAACAACAAGGUGACAGAAAAGGUUGACGUAUACUCAUUUGGAAUAGUCAUGUGGGAACUUCUUACCGGGGAGGAACCAUAUGCAAAUUUUCGCUCUGAGGAAAUAAUAGCUGGCAUAAUCAAGGGCACUUUGCGACCUGAAAUUCCGUGCUGGUGUGACCCAGCUUGGAGAUCACUGAUGGAAAGGUGCUGGUCAUUAGAUCCCAACUCAAGACCCCCGUUCUCUGAAAUUUCUAAGGAGCUGCGAGCCAUGGCGGCAGCUAUGAAUAUUAAGUGACAGUAGGACUACUCUUUUCCGAAAGUAGGAAUCAAGGGAUGAGAUAUGUGAGAUGUGUUUAGUCUCUGCCGUCCGCAGUCUGAUCCAAAGAGAUGACCCUUGUGUUGGGGGGUUUGAUAAGCCAGGUGAAUCUAUUUUUUUUUGUAAUCCCUGGUGAGAUAGUCCAAGUAUAUAGACAGAAGAUGAUUUUCAACAGCUUAAGCCUUUUACUUUUACUUUUCUACUGGCAUGAAGGAACAAAGCAAAGACUUUGAUUGAGCUUGUAAGUUCUUUCCAAAGGCCAUCAAUGUUAUGCAGAGUUGCAGA